AUGUACGCUUAUGCUAUUAUGAAUGUUCGCAAUUUCUCCAGACUUUCCCCCUGUGCUUGCAAACUAGAUUUUAUUCUACGACCAGGAAAAUACACUCAUGGAUUUACCCGCGCUGUUAAUGAUCGAUGGUCUUCAUCCCAACCUCAGAACAAAAUCAUCACUAUCCCAAAUAUUCUUACGUCGCUACGUAUAGCUUCGACUCCGGUUAUCGUUUCCUUAAUCCUUCAAAAUGACCUUACGUCUGCAGCUGUAUUAACAGUCGCUGCUGGCUUAACAGAUGUUGCUGAUGGAUACAUUGCCCGAUCGUUUCCAAAUCAACAGUCUAUUGUAGGAUCUUACCUAGAUCCCCUCGCUGAUAAACUGUUUGUGUCUCUUUUGGCUGUGUCUCUUGCUUACACAGAUCUUUUUCCAACUAGCUUGUUAUUCUUAUUUUUAUCCAGAGAUGCAUUAAUACUGAUCGGCGCCUCGUUAGUGAUCCCGAAGGAGAAGGUAAUUGAAAUGAAGCCUAUCAACUCUAGCAAGCUAAACACCGCGGUUCAAAUAUCAACCGUAGUAUCUAGUCUUCUUGUUCCAGUUUUUGGACUACAGAAUAGUGUUAUUCUCCCUGUUCUAUGGCUAUCAGCAGGUUUAACGACGCUAUAUUCCGGUUUUGGCUAUGCUCGGAUCUUUCCCAGUGUUCUGAAAGAGGCCCAACAAGUUUCCAUUUCCAAAUCGAAAAAAUGA